AUGGCGGCGUUGCAAGAGGUUGUAGUGGCGGCGGCGUCGGUAGAUUCGCCCGUGUGCGUCUGGGACCUCACCACCGGGUCGCUUCUCGCGUCGCUAGUGUCGUCCUCGUCGCAGCGGCGCGGGCUGUGCGCAAUGGGACGCGACCACGUGGCGGUGUCGCAACUGACGCGCGGCGAGUCCAAGGCGGGCGCCGUGAACGUGUGGUCGUGGAGGAAGUCCGCGGUGGCGGUGCGCAGCCCGACGUCGGAGGCCAUAGGCCCGCUGGCGGCGACCGCGGACGGCGUGUACCUGUGCGGGGGCGGCGUGUCGGGGCGCGUUUACGUGUGGGAGGCGGCGACCGGGCGGCUGCUGCGCGUGUGGGCGGCGCACUACCGCGCGGUGACGUGUCUUGCGCUGUCGGACGACGACGCGCUGCUGGUGUCGGCGGGGGAGGACAGUAUCAUCCACGUCACACCCCUCGUGCGGAUACUAGACGGGGUGAAUCAACCAGGCGGAGGGGGCGGGGGAACCGGGAGCGGCAAGGGCGGAGGGGGAGUGGAGGGGUCAGGGGGCGUGCAACCCAUGUACACGUGGCAGCAGCACCAACAGGCCAUCACGUCGCUGUGGAUGGCAGCGGGCGGAGUCAAUUCCGUGCUCGUCUCUUCGUCCUCCGACCACUCCUGCAAGAUCUGGAGUCUAGCAAUGGGUGCACUGCUGCGAUCGUACGUCUUCCCGGUGGCCGUGACAGCAGCAGCCAUGGAUCCCGGAGAGUACACGUUGUACGCGGGGGGCGCGGAUGGCAACAUCUACCUCACGGCGCUCAACUUCACGACCGUCAGCAGCAGCGCCAUGGACCCCAUGACCCACGACGACGCGCUCAUCGGUCACAGUCACAGCAUCACGGCACUCGAGUUCAGUGCGGACGCGGUGUCACUGGUGUCGGCAUCAGAGGACUGCACCGUGCGAGUGUGGGACACUGUAACACGCCAGCUGCUCCGCACCUUCACCAACUGCAAAGGCCCCGUCUCGUGCCUGCUCGUCCUCCCCAAGCCCCCAACGCUCUUCCCCUCAUCCGACAUCUUCCGCUCCUCCGCGCCCUCCUCUGCGCGCAAGCCCUCCGCCCUCCCCCCCAUGCCUCUCCACAAGUACGCCAACGCCGCUGCCACCGGCCUCACCGGCAGUGAACCCUGGGAGGAGGCGCCUCUGCUGCUGCCGAAUGUUGCUGGAGGGGGAGGGGGAGGGGGAGGAGGAGGGGGAGGGGGAGUGAGUGGGGGGUUGGUGCCGGUUCCGGGGAGUGUGGGUGGGGAGAAAGAGGGCGAGGAGUGGGGGGGAGUGGACGGUUGUUACAGCAGCGAGGUGCUGGUGCGGACUGUGGUUGAGACCAAGGUGAGAGAGUGGGGCGGGUGGGUGCUUGGUUCUUUGAGAGUGGGGCGGGUGGGUGCUUGGUUCUUUGAGAGUGGGGCGAGUGGUUGCUGCUGGCGUUUGAGUCGACUCAAAAGGAAUGGGUGUCACAGCAGCGAGGUGCUGGUGCGGACUGUGGUUGAGACCAAGGAGGACCAAUCGCUGGUAGCGCUGCAGCUGCAGAACGCGCGGCUGCUGAGCAACCUGCAGCGCGCCAAUGAGGGGCUGCGACAGAUGUACCGCCUGGCUGUGUCUGAGACCAUGGUGGAUCACCUGGGGCUGGGCAUGGAGGGCGGAGGGACAGGGGGUAGUGAGAUGUACUGGCUGGCUGUGUCUGAGACCAUGGUGGAUCACCUGGGGCUGGGCAUGGAGGGCGGAGGGGCCGCGGGGGGCAGUGAGGACAGCAGGGUGGAGUGUUGCAGCAGCGAUGGAGGGGGAGGUGCUGUGCUGCAGCUGAGACAGAUGUACCGGCUGGCUGUGUCCGAGACCAUGGUGGAUCACCUGGGGUUGGGCAUGGAAGGAGGAGGGGGGGCCAUGGGGGGCAGUGAGGUCGGCAGGAGCAAGCACAAGAGAGGCGCGCCGGUGCAGUGA